AUGCAAUCUGACGCGCAGCAGCACGCGGCCCUCGCCACAUACGCACGCUUCUGGUGCCUGCACCAGCUCGCGCCGUUCGCCGACCAGGCCUUUGCGCUUGCGGGAGCUAUGGAUCACCGCAUGAUCGACGAGAGCUGCCAGACCGGGCCAGGCGCCUGCCUGCGCGCCCACUUUGACUACGACUGGCUCGUACGACUGCCGCUCGCGCUGGCCUGCCUGCUCUUCCCCGGCCGGCGGCUCCUCCUUCUCGCGCACCUCGUCAACGUCGUCGGAUGGGCCGACCGGAUGCCGGCCGGGCCGGACUUGCAUGCGGUGUGGGACUAUAUGUGCUGGUGCGCGCUGAUGGAGGCCCCCUUCGUGCUCGCCGCCGCCACAUCCUCCUCGAUGGCGGAGACGGCUCGCAAGUUCCUCCCGGCGAUGCGCGCGCAGCUAGAGCUCCUCUCCGGCCUCGAGCCCCUCUUCCCGCCCCUCGCCACCCUGAGCGGGCUCAUGCUGCACGCGGCGCCCGCCCUCGUCGCCGGCAUCGAGUUCGCAACCAUCAACCUGAUGCCAGCCACCUACGCCGGCGGCUUCUCCAUCGCCAUCCGGCGGUGCGGUCGUGAUGUCGAAAAUGCGGGCUGA